UCACUCAAAAGGCGCGAUGGGUGCUUCGACUUACGAAAAGUUUCGACUUUCGAAAGACCCUCGGGAACGAAUUAAUUUCGUAAGUCGGGGUUCCACUGUAUUCAACUUGCUAAAGCCGCUGUUUAUAUCAAGCAUGGUGACAAUAUCACAGACGUUGCAGUUUAACAAGUCGUUUUGUCUACAGUUACAUUUAUUUUGUUUCCUUAAAACCAAUAAAUCUCCCAUACGUGAGAUGAUUUUAACGACUUCUGAAACAAGGUUAGCUAAAUUUCCGGAGAACCAAAUCAGAACCAUUUUUAUUUAAAUAAAAUAUGUGACUGAAUGACUUGUUAAGGACCAGUGUGAGCUGACCAAAGCCAUCUUCAGUAUCCCUAACCAACUUGCUAGCAUUACUUUUCACAGUAAUAAUAAUAAUAACUUAUAAAGCGCUUUCAAACGAAGUGCUGCACAGCUAUUUGAAACUAAAAAGAUGAAGUAAGUAAAAUAAAUCCACGUUACGUGAAUUAAAGACAUCUUGCGUGUUUGAAACGAUGUCUGAACAUGAUACUGUGUUGCUGUUUUGUAGUGAAGGGUUUGUCCUGUUAUUGCCAUGUUAUUACUCUGUAUGAAUUUCCUGCCAAACGUUCUCCAGUCACGUCUUCGGGAGAAACCUCUUCACCUCAAGCAGGAAGUGAUUAAACUCCACUUUGUCCUGGGCAAACAUGAAAAGAAGUGGAAUUAGAACAUGCAUUGGUCACCGUUCAUUGGAAAUAAAAAAAAAAGUUAAAUUCUUCUUAUGUUUUGGGAAUUGUUAGUCACCUCAUCUGUAGAUGUACCUGGUGGCUGAUGAACACUCACUUUAACAGCUGUUCUGUUGAAACAGCUGCCUCUGAUACAAAACUGUUCAAUAAUGUUUAUUAAGGGGAUUUGAGGUGUGAGGAACUCCAGUAAAACCUGCAGAGCCAAAACUAGGAGUCACUCCAGUGAAGUUGAACCAAUUUGCACACUUGGCACCAGGCCUAUUUUACUUUGUCUCCGUUUACUUUAUACUGUAAGCGGACACAAGAGUGACUUUGAAUGGGUUUUGGUGACUCGUCCCAUUACUUUGCCCUGUGAAUCAGCCCUUUGCUUCUCUGGCUUGUAGACGAGGUUUAAAUCAGCUGAUGAGGUCACUGGAGGAGUUAAACAUUUACUAACCCGAUGUUCUCUCAUGUACUCAUGGCUUUGUCGUCAAUUUGUCUUUUUUAUUUUUCUGAAUCAGUGUGAUGGGAUGAAAUGAAGUUGCUGACCUCGGGUGAUCAUGAUUGGCUAUUUAAUUCUUAAAGCUUAAACAGUGUGCUCAUUAUUUGACAAUAAGGGGGGAUGCUGUGUGACAGCUCAGAGCUAUUCUUUUGACUUGCAUUUGAAAAAUCACCUUUUCAGGCAUCAGUGCACAGUACAGACUUCAGCCUUAUUCUUUAUUUUGACAUUGCAUUUGUCUGCGUAACCUCCAAAACACAAACUCUGACCAACACACAUACUGGUGAAUUAAUGUGAUGGUUAAAGUGGAUCCGUUCUGCCUUCUGCCAGUGUAUGAACGGCGAAUCCCUGUGAAUUAAUGCUGCUUUUUUUCUCUCUGCUUGGGUUUGUAUGAUGUCACGGAGAGCAGAUAUCCUUAAUAUGGCCAUCUAAGGCACAGUAAGCCCCGCCCACCUGCUCUUAAUAUAAUUUGUUUGGGAGGGGCAGCCCGUCAGUGCAAAGUUUGCUCAAAGUGGGAGGAGCUAAAAGAGUUCACUGAUAGAAGAUAAAGGGGGAUUAUUUUGAACUCUGAAUUGUGCAAAGCUACUCUAGAAGAGCCCAAGUAUAAAAUAUGAGCAGAAUAGAUCCACUUUGUUUUAGCAAUUUAAUAUCUGUUACUUUGCGGAUGAAGGAUUCUUUCAGUUUGAGUGUGUUUUUUGGCAUAUAACACUGUAACCAAUGAGUCUGCACUCUUUGCAUUGCAGCUGUUAUUCAUUUGGUGAUUCUGAGGAACAGUCCUGUAUGAAGCACUCCUUUAACACUGUUUUAAACAGUACUCUAUGAGUUAGAUUUAACAGCCAAAGAGGCUUAAAAUCCCCCCACAAACGUAGAUUUUGACAAAGUCUUGUGUGUGGAAACACUCUUGGUAUCAGUGUUGUGUGUCAGGAUUAAGAUAUUGACUAAUUUCACGUAAAAACUGGCUCAUCUUGGUACUUGUUGUAGCAGCCAAGUCUUGGAGAAACUGGAAAAAUAACUUUAAAAUGCUCAGCACAUCAGCAAAUGCUCGAUCACGUGACUGUUUUUCGUUGGCUUGAAUCUGAGUCUUUCCCCAACAUUCAAAGCCAUUAAUCGAAACACGUGUGCACCUAAAACGAGCAUUUUCUCCACAUUUCUGCCCUCUAAAACACAUGUGUGCACUUACACUGUGCGUCAUUUAUUUUUUCAGCUCUCCGUGUGUGAACUCGUCUGCAUGUGCAUCGAUUCUGAAUGAAAAGGAGCACUUUAUGGCAUCCGUGUAGUUAAGAGGGCAAUAGUACUCGCUGUGAUUAUUCUGUUAGGGUUGUAUUCACUGUAACUGCAUACCAAGCAAUGCACUGAUCGGCACAUUCUGCAUAACCUGUAAUUUUAUGGACAUUUUGAUUGCUACAAAUUAUUUGUGCCUUGGCCUUUUACAGUACAGAUGUUUCUUUCAAUGCAAUUCUUUUAAUUUGGUCGUGCUUUUCUCGCUAUGGCUGUCAAAACGCAGCACAAAGCUGUCGGUAAUAACUGUGUGGAGGGCUGCAUUUACAUGCACUCAUUGCUCAGCGGCCUCGAUCUAUGGAGCCAAGACUGAUAGAAAAUCAGCGCAGUAGCUGGUGGGUACUAAAUUUUCUCUCUUCAAAAACCACCCCUCCAAACAGCGGCUGAUAUUGCUUUUACAGUUCCAGUUGGGGGAGCAGCUGCAGGGCAGAGGCACCAACAAUGGAAGAAGACACGCUGUCCACACACUGCAAUAUUUAACCUGCUAAUUUUUUGCUGUUUGAUGGAACCUCACAAUUUGCAGGGUUUUGAUGCGACUCUCAAACUGUCUUUCCAAAAUCUUCUUAAUCUCCUCCUAAGACCCGAACUCUUUCAUGGCAUGCAUCCUCUUUGCUAUUUGGGCUGAUUGGGACCUGAUGAAUUACCCGUUUUUUGUUUUUGAUGAAAAUGAGAAAAUGUAGUAUUUUGGUCUAGACAACCUAAAAUGUGAUGUCCGCAUAUGUGGACGCCAGGUCCUUGGAGGUUAAAUGCAAAAUUACAUGAGUACCUAUAAGGUGAACUGAUAAGUGUCAAAGCAGGGUGCUGGACACUGUAAAGUUUCACCUACAAGAUUUCUACUUGGAAUUUUUAGCUGAUAAGAAGACGGUCUAUCUGUCGAGCUCACUGAGUAAAGCAAAACAAUUAGAGAUAAAAUUUUACACGUUGCUCUGACAAAGAAGAAAGCCUUGCAUGCUUGUUGCAUAUGGACAUGGUGCAGUCUCACAGCAGUUUGUAAAAAAAUUAACUGAUUCAGUUUUAUUUAUAUACUGCCAAAUCACAACAAUGAUAAAGGUAAAGACACAACAAUUACAUCCCCCUUUGAGGCAACAGUGGGGAGGAAAAACUCCCUUUUAACAGGAAGAAAACUGCAGCAGACCUCCUAACCUGGUGUUCAGCAUACUGACCAGGCCGAACCUGCUUAGCUUUUAAGAUCAAGACUCAGAUUUGUGUUUUUUACACAAACUGGACAUUUUGUUUGUGGCUGUGAUGAAGCAUGAAGUUUGAAACACGGGACACAAAAAGUUAACAGACUUGUGAACAAGAUGAAUAUCUUGUAAAUGCUUUAAAAAGAAGUCAUCUCAUGGCUUUAAAGAAGGUUAGUAAGAGCCAUCUCUCACAGUGUGACACUUAAACAUGGACGAUGAUGAUUCUCGCUGGUUAGUUAAGCCAGGUGUGACGGACGAAGCCACACACUCAUUGGCUGACGACUUGUGAUUGACUGAGUCCUCAGCCAAUGAGCUUCUCACUGAACUUGAUUUAUAAAAUAACCCCAAAUAUUUUAUUCUGUAUGACCUGAAACUAGAAACCAAAGCUCUAAACUCAUCAGGCGUUUGUAUAAGACCAGAAGUCUUUCUGCAAACACAGGAGUCGCCCCCUGGUGUCCAUUACGCAGAAUACAGGUUCGAAACAAAAGUUCCAAACAAGUGCCAAACACGUGCUCGAUAAAUAGCAAAUGAAUAAAUAAAUAAAAUCACUUCUGCUUAGAGUCUUGGGCCGUACAGUUCCUGUAUUUCUCCCACAGGAACGAUGCAGGAAGCAAAUCUGAGAGGAGCGACGUCUAAAUGCAGCCGAAAUGCAGUAAAAACAAAAGCCAGUACGUCUGGGAGGUUACUGACAGCUCUGUGCUGGUUGAUGACGGCAGCUUUUCUGGGUCAGAAACAGUUCUGUUGUUCUUAAGUUUCAUUUAAGGGAAGUUUGGACAACUUUACACUAGUGGCCUUCAGAGCUGUGCAUCAUUUUUCUCAUACCAGUUUGAAAAAAAGAAUAAACCUACCAUUUCUAUUCUGUAUUAGACCACUUUGGAUAUUUUGUUUUGAUGAUAUAAUAUGCAAAUGUAUUCUUACUUGAUUUUUUAAUUUUUUUUGUCUUUUCAAUUGCACCAGUUAUUAAUAAAGCAUUGAACUGAAAGCAGACGGUGUGGUUAUUAUCUGCAAGCGUUAAACCAGAGAUGGAUUCAUGCUGCUGAAAUCACUCAGGCUGCAUCGUUUCUGCACCCGUGGACUCGUUGUUGGUGUCCCUGCUAUAAAAUAGCUGUUCUUAAAUGUCCUGCAGCCCUCUGCAGACACGCUGUGUGUCUUUGGAGUAGGAGAUUUGUGUGCAUUUGCUGUGUUUGUGUGUCCAAUAUUUGAGGUAAUGUAUCUGCUUUGCAUGUCGUCUUAGUUAACAUGUGCUUUUUUUUAUUGGCUGUUUUUGUCCUUGUGUGUGUCUGAGCUUAGUUGUGGAUGUUCCCAGCCCUUUGUAGUUGUUUGAUGUCUCUUUGUAGUGAUUUUGUGUACUUUUCUGGUUGUUAUGUGUCCCGUCUCUUAGUUGUAUCACAGUACUUUUACUUCUUUCUUUGUAGUUGUUUUACAUUCAUGUCUCUUCGUUUUGGGACCAGUUUGCAGGCUUUUGUUGUUCGUGUGCAUCAUGUUGUGUGUUGUGAGUCUUUGUGUCCCCAUUAUUAUCUGACAUUUUUCUGUUUUGCAGUUAUUUUCCGUCUCUUGUUUAGCAUCAGUUUGUGGCAUUUUUUUGGCUUUUACUUCACGUGUGCGUUCUUUUGUAGUUGUUGUUGUUGUUGCUUUGUGUAUUUAUACUGUGUUGGUUUGCACGUGUCUCUGUGAUGUUUUUGUUUCAUUCUGGAGUUGUUUUGUCUCUUUGCAGUAUUGUUGUUCUCAGCCUUGACUCUCAUGUGUGGCCUCUGGCUGAAAACCUUCAGAUGAACGUCAUUAUUUCGCUCACAGCGGCUCCGGCUGUCGCUGCUGUUACUCUGUGAAGAUGGUUUAACUCAUUUUUAGGAUUCUUAUUUUAUAACGUUUCCACCCCAGAACAAACGUCAGUGGACACGUGUGCAGCUUGUUUUUCACUCAUUAGCUCAUUUCAUUUCGUUCUUGUUAGAAUUAUGCGCUAAAAGUCUGUUUCUGUUCCCCGGGGGCGGCUGUUCCCAGGCCCUGAGCAGCCUUGACUGCCAGUUACCGCUGCGUGCCUGAAUGUGAACGCCAGGAUGGCCAAAGUGCCCGCCGAUCCCCCGGCAUUAAAGACUCACAUUCACUCCCCUCAUUCACUGAUCUUCCCCACGGCUCGUAUGUCACUCCAGCGGCUUAUUAUGGCCACUUACCUACACUGUAAGAAAUGUCCUUCUAAAAAUAAACUUUCCACAGACUCAGGCUAAGUACCAAUCCUGAUGCAUUUCAUCUGGUGUGACUGAAGAAACACGUCAGGUAUGAUUUAGAUUUUUACAGAAGUUCAGUAAGGAUCGUUUCAGUGAGGUGGCUGUAUGUUGGUGUGAUUCAGACAUUUGGAGUUCCAGCAGCUUAUUUGCUGGAUGCAUGAAACUUGGACCAAUAAAUGAAAAGAGCUUGAAUUAGCUCGUGCUAAAUGAAAACAGGUGUGUGAGGAGAGGCCACACACAGCAGCCUGACCUCACCUGAAGUGUCUGACUGACUAAAUUUACACUGACCUGUCACUUUACAGAAACAACUGUCCAACUUCUCCCUAACACAAAUAUAUAACCAGCCAAUCACGUGGCAGCAAUUAGGAACGUAGACAUGGUCAAAACGACUUGCUGAAGUGCAGUUUUCUGUUCUCAUCACCGUCAAACAGCAUGAAGUCGAUCUCCAGGCUUUCAGAGCCUCCUGCAGUUCCUGUCUCUGCCUUUGGGGGGCAGUGUAGUGCAGCACCUGCAGUUGGAUAUUUCUUGCAGUGCAGCUGCAGGAGUGAGUUUGGAUCAGUACCCGGCCUGCAGCCAGAGCUCGCUGAGCUGUCAGCCCGCUGAUGUUCAGAGGGGAGAAAACAGGCGUUGUUUAAUCGUUAUCUGACCGCCGGUGUGUGACCGCAGGGUGGAGGCUGGUGGAGGCUCCGCAGGGCUGCAGGUGAAUUCAAGCAGCAGCAGUCAUGGCAGGCUCCUGGAGGUUCACACAGCAUCCACGCUUCUCUUUCAUAAUCUGUGUUUCUGCAGUUUUAAUACUCCUGCUCGUGAGCCAAGCAUUGAUCUGCAGACAGCAGGAGGACAGGCACAGGAGAGACUUUGCUGACUCCACGGAAAUCCCAGCAGAGCACAUCGACCCCGCUGCCAUCGACCUCACGCCGCUCGUCAAUACUUUAAUAAAUUCCAGCCACUCGGGCUCCCGGCAGCUCUUCUCUCUGCUCAGCGUCACGUCCUACAGCUCCCUGGCUCUGCACAAACUCACCCUGUUGGUCUACAACAUUUCCAGUGUGGGAAGCAUAGAAAGCAGCGUGUUCAGGAGGCGAUUCUGCUACUGCGUCACAAACGAGACCAACGACCUAACAGACUUUACAGCCAUACUGCUGGAUGUGAUGGGAAACUCUACAAGCUACCUGCACGAGCUCUUUAAAUCCUCCUCGAUACUCUCAGUGAGCCAGAGGAAUAACUCAGACUGUAUCUACAUCUGCGUGAUGGCCGGUAAGAUGGGCAGAGAGGUGCCUGAGCUGUGGGACGUCGGCUCCAUCACGCCGCUCUUCAACCAGACCAUCGUGGAAGGACCGCACACAGCUAACAUCUCCUUCCGGCUCCCUGUCGAAUGGCACCAACUGCCCACGAAUCUGAGUCACAUCUCUCCAUCUGGGAUGAGCUCCAUGCUAACCAGCAGAGUCCAUUCAACCGCACAUGCUUCACCAACAGCUGUGGAUGAAGCAGCUGCAUCUACAGCGAAGGUCACCACAGCUCAGCCGCUCGCAACAGCUCCACAGCCUACGACCGUCAUGCCUCAGAGUUACACUACAGCCGAAACACCGGAGACAACCCAGCAACCCAUGGCGCCAAGCAUGACCGCAAGAGCUGUAACGACACAAAGGGGGACCACGCCCACUGUGGCAUCUUCUCAGAGUGGAACUAUAGAGGAAAAAACAACUUUAGCACCAAUUACAACUUUAAAAUGGCAAACCACCACCACCGCCACUCCGACUGCUGCAGCUCCCACCACAGCAGCACCACGAUUACCCACGACGCCGGGCAGAGCUUCAACCUUCUCACCAGCAGUUAGUCUGAUCCGCACGGCGGCGUCUACAAGCACAGCAGCCCCGCACACGACGUCCACAGUUCAUCCCACGAGACUUCCACCUGUGCGAACCUCAGCAGGACCCACGGUGCCCAGGAGGACUACAGGGCCUCUGGUUAGAGGAACUACAACUCCCAGCAAGCCAACGGAGAAACCAGGCUGUCCCUGGAGGAGGCCGGAGCUGAGCGCCGAGUCCGUCCCCGGCGCCGCCACGACCGUCGGCGCCCACAAGCUGCAGCCCUGCGUCCUCGAGCUGUGCAAGUUCUUCUCCCAGUGCCUGUGCAGACCCUUCAGCCACAAGACGCGCAUGAAAAGGUACUGUGACGACAGCCACCUCUGGUAUGAGAAGCACACCUCUGAAGUGUGUCGGCGGGUCAGGAGGGUCUCCUUCUCCAGAAACCUGAAACAGAGGUGCCUGACAAAGAUGUGCAAUAAACUGUGACCGGAGAGGAACAAAGAGCCGCUCAUCAGGAACUACGGCACGCAGCACGAUUACGGAGGCCAGAUCUGAGUCAGAUUUCUGCAUCUGCACGGGUUUGGAAACUGUUUACACGCUCACACAGCGGCGCGGCUUCACAUUCAUCCCCGUUAUCUACUCUGUGAUUUCAUUUACUUUGUAUCUCCAAGAAGAUGAAAAAUAAUUUGAUUAAUACUGGACUCUGAAAUCUGCAACCCUCAGACUAAGUGUGGACUGUUUAUCCUCAGAUCAAAUGAAGACUGUGAGGCUGAUACAGUCUGAAAUCUGAAGAAGAAGCUGUAGAAACCCAGAAACAGAUGUAGGGUUUGAGGUUUUAUGUCUGUUAAAUAAACGUCUGGUAAUUGU